CAUAACAUCUUUGUGUUUAUUAUAUUAUAUUAUUUUAUUUUUAUUUUUACUGUUGUUUUACAAAGAAAAAAUUUAAAUAAUUUGUUUUAUACAAAUUAUUUGAUUGAAUAUAUAAACUACAACUUUUAUAUAUUUAUAUUUUUAAAUCAUAAAACCACACUAUUUAUUUAAUUAAUAUAAAAUAACCUAUACAUAUUACUUGUUAAUAACUUUUUUUUUUUUUUCACAAGUAACACAUCAUCAACAAUCAUUUAUUCUAAUUUAUAAUUCCUUUUAUAUUUUUUUUAAUUAAAAGGAAUUAUCUUUAAUCAAUAAUAACCAAUAGAUUUGUAUCAUACUAAAUAUUUAAUAAAAUUAUUUCAACUUCAUAACAUUUGUUUAUUUAAAUAUUUAUAAAUAAUAUAUAUAAAUUUUUUUUUUUUUUUUUGUUGUAUAAUAAAAGAAAUAAAAUAUUAUUGUUGUUAUAAAUCAUAUAGUUAAAAAUAAUAGCAAUAAUAGUUAAAAAAAAAAAAAAAAGAACAUAUAUAUAGUAAAAAAUGAUAUCCCCAUCAUCAUUUAAUCCAGUAGAAUUGAUGUAUUCUAAAGAAAAGGUUGAUAGAUCAGAAUGGAGAAAAAAUGUAUUAAAGACAAACCCCGAAAUUAAUAAUUUAUGCGAAAGAAUUUAUCCAGUUAAUAGAGCUAUACAAUUUGGUAAACAAUAUUAUCCAGGUAAAGCAGAGGUUAAACAAAAACUUGAUAAAACAGUUAUAAUACAAUUAAUUUUACAACAUUUAUCAACAAAAGGAUUAAAACAAACAAAGCAAACAUUAGAAAAAGAAGCUAGAGUUACAACACCAAUUGUAGAAGGAUCAACAGAGAGUAGAUUAGUUACCUAUAUUAGAAAUGCAUUAAAAGAUACAGAAAGAAUUUACGAUUUGUCAAUGGAACACACAGAGUAUACCAAAGAAGAAAGACAAUCAAAGAUAACCGAAAGAGAAGAUCUUUUAUUCCAAAUGGAUUUACUCGAAGAGGAAAAUGAAGAUGAUGGUGUUAAUAUUUGGGAUGAACCAGCAGAAAAUAUAAUUACCGAAAAAGUUCACAAUACCGAAUACGACCAGGACGAUGAAGUAGUUAAAUAUGGUUCAUUAAAUAAAUUAGUAGAGCAUUUAACACACGAUUCCAAGCAUGAUCUUCAAUUCCUUAAAACAUUCCUUAUGACAUAUCAAUCAUUUUGUACACCAGAGAAAUUAAUGUCUAAAUUACAACAACGUUAUAAUGUUCCACAGGGCACCGAUGAAAAAUCAGCAAGAACUAUUCAAAUUCGUGUUGUCAAUGUAUUAAAAACUUGGAUCGAUAAUUAUUAUUCAGAUUUUGACGAUAAACUUAUUCAACAACUUCGUACAUUCCUCGAUCAAAUUCUUAUUAAAUUCCCAGGUCCAGGUUCAAAUUUAAUGAAAUCACUUAGUAAAGUCGUUGAAAAACUAUCACCAGCUACCGAAUCCAAACAUAUUUUCAAUGAAAAAACACCAGAACCAAUCGUUGCAUUCAAAAAUAUUUUCUCUAACAAUCUCUCAUUCCACGAUAUCGAUGAAGAGGAAAUCGCAAGACAAUUAACAUUAAUCGAAUUUGAAAUCUACAGAAAGAUUAAGCCACCAGAACUUUUAAAUCAAUCAUGGAACAAAACCAAAUUAAAAUCACGUGCUCCAAAUGUAUUAAAGAUGAUCGAUCGUUUCAAUUCAGUUUCAAUGUGGGUUGCCACCAUGAUCAUUCAAACUGCCAAGGUUAAGGCUCGUGCUAGAAUGAUGGCUCGUUUCAUAAAGAUUGCAGAACACUUGAAAACUUUAAACAACUAUAACUCAUUAAUGGCAAUUAUAGCAGGUCUCAACUUUUCAUCUGUUUAUCGUCUCAAAUAUACCCGUGAAGAAUUAUCGCCAGCCAUAUUAAAAUCUUAUGCCGAACUUGAAAAGAUUAUGAAUUCAGAGGGUUCCUUUAAAACCUAUAGAGGUCGUUUACAAAAUUUUGUACCACCAAUGCUUCCUUAUUUAGGUGUCCAUUUAACUGAUCUUACCUUUAUGGAAGAAAAUCCAGAUAAUAUUCCAAUCGAAGUUUCAAAAGGUAAAUCAGUCAAUUUAAUUAAUUUCACUAAAAGAACUUUAGUUUUCAAAGUAAUCUCUUUAGUUCAAGAAACUCAAAAUGUAGCUUACAAUUUACAACCAGUACAUCAAAUUCAAGAAUUUUUAUUAAAUAUUAAAAGUGAUCUUAAAGCUGAUACUUUAGAUUUAUAUCAACAAGAUUUAUAUAAAGAAUCAUUACGUAGAGAACCAAAAAGAGCACAAAGAUCAGAUAUUCAAUAAAAUUUUAAUAAUAAUAAUAGUAGUAAUAAAUAAUAUAGUAAUUAUAAUAAUAAUAU